AAUGCCGCAUAUGUACGCUCUAAUACGAAACACGUGCGAAUAAGACUGGAUUUCGGACAACCGGCCGACUUUCAACUUUUCUCAUACAAAACAAAAGAUCUACUUGACUUCCGAAAAGUUUUGUUUUGUAUCGUACUUUUUCAAGACAAGAACAAUCCAGAUAUUGUUGGAUGAGAUCAGUCGUCCAAAUGCAGAACAACGAGCUGCCAGGUUUUAGAAAGCAACGAUCUUGACGUUUCUUCCCAUCAAAGAAUUUGAAAUUAAGUCAGCCACUGGAAUCUCAAUAAUCAUGUCUCCCACCACCACGUCCCGAAUGCUUCUGAAACAUAAUCAUGGGCGUCAUAAAUUUUUAAACUGGAUUGCUGAAACGCUGGGUGGAUCUAUGGAAACUCGUACGGCUCGUGUGACCUGGGAGAUGAGUUCAGAUAAGGGAAGAAUCAAGAGUCAGAUAAGACUGAUGGGUGACAGUUCGUCUACAGUUACUUCCAAAAUGACAUUUCCUGGCUUGACCGUAACGGACAAUAGGCGCAACACUUUUCACAAGACGGAUUUUAGCCAAGAAGAUAGCAAAACGAUCCUUGUCGAAAUAUUAAAGAAUUCCUGGCAUGGCAAGUCUGGAUUUAUAAGAACUGUUCCUGACUUGGCAAAGGAUAAAGUAAUUGUAGAAUUUGGAUCACCCAAUAUUGCAAAACCUUUACAUAUGGGCCAUUUAAGGUCACUUGUCACGGGGCACUUUUGCGCAAGGAUAUGUCAAGCGGCUGGUCACGAGGUGACAACGAUUUGUUUUCUGGGAGAUUGGGGGACGCAGUUUGGAAUUUUGCAGGCUGGACUAGCCAAGUACCUCCCAGAAAACCAAAAUGUCCUGUCCACUGUAGAUAAAUUAACGCUUGAUGAAUUACUACGGUACUAUGUCCAAGCAGUUCAAGAGAAGGAGACAAAUGCAGAAUUUUCCUCUGCAGCCCUGAAAUUAUCUGCCUCGUUAGAACAGGGAGAUGCGGAUUGCAUUCGUGUCUGGGAAUCGAUUCGAACCAAGACGAUAAACCAUUUGAAAUCCUUCUGGUCAUUGUUGGACGUCAAGUACGACGUGAUUCAAGGGGAAUCUGAGUUCACCAUGCAAAACAAUUUAACUCAGGAGGCACUGAAGGAGUUGACCACGUUGGGCAUAAUCGAAAUAGCAGAGGACCAAUGUGUAUAUGCCGUUUUGCCCGCAGAUUCUAAAUUCGCCAAACCUGCAAAAAUUCCGUUAGUUAAAAAGGAUGGGAGCUCGUUAUACUUACUUCGUGAUAUUGCUUGUGCCAUAGAUAGAAAGAGGACGUUAGAUUUUAACCGAAUGAUUUACGUGGUGGAUAAGACUCAAGCCCAUCAUUUUAUCAACUUAUUUAGAAUUUUAGAAGAGCUCAAAAUUCAGAAGAAUAAGUAUAGUGAAGACGGAUGGGAGAAAAAGUUAUGGCACGUUACAUUUGGCAAGGUUGAAGGACAAUCAACCAGGUCUGGUAAUUUUGUCCUACUUUCCGAAGUUAUCAAUACGGGCUCAUCCAUAAUGCAAGAGAACAGAAUCAAAUCUCCAAAUGUCAGAAAUACAGAAGAUUUACAACUUCCUACUCAACUGGCAAUUUCUGCCCUGAUUGUCAAUUCCUUGAAAGUGAGAAGAAAUCGGGAUGUUGCAUUUGACUGGAAUGAGGCUUUAAAUCCAACAGGAGAUACUGGAGUCAAUUUGCAAUAUACUCAUGCAAGGUUAGUGUCCCUGGAGAAUAAUGUGGCGCAAAAUAGAGGGACAUUAGGUGUGCUGGCAUCGUUCGACAAAUUUGACCUGGACCAACUAAUUGAGGAUCCGAUUGCUAUGAAUCUAAUUAUGCAACUAGUCAACUUUGAAGACGCUUUUUGGUCAUCAUAUUCUGAACUGGAGCCAUGUAUAUUGUUAACUUAUUUAUUUAAACUAAGCGACAAAGUUUCGAAAGCAUUGAAACAGUUGAAAGUCAUGUCAGAACCGGAUGAAAACCUUGCUGCUGCUAGAUUAGCCUUAUUUCUAUUGUCCAAAAGGAUUCUAGCUGUGGGUCUAAAUACUCUUGGCAUUAGACCACUGAAUGAAAUUUAAUGAACUCAAGAUAUCCAUUUAAAGUUAUAUUUAUAAAGUUUUAUUAUGUAGCGCAUGAGCAGCAGGAAUAGCAAUUAUUUAUAAUUAUAUAUUCGGUCGGAUAUUGUUGCUGAAAAAUUAGGAUAAACUCGAGUUCUGUUUGUUAUCAUGUGGUCAUUCAUGAAAGAUUUAGUUUAGCUGUGACUCCUCCGAUUUGGAUAUUUUUGACAAAAAAUAAAGUAAAAAAAUACGUGUAAAAAAAUGAA